CUCUUCAUCUUUUUAAAAAAACAAACAGGAAAUCUUCCUUGUGUAGAAAUUAAUCACUGUGGAAAAUAUUUAAAGAGCAAAAUGCCAGGGCUCGUAUCUGCCUCUUACACCAGUGACCAAAAGAUAAAUCUUCUUGCCCCAAUGGUAACUUUCUUUCUGCUCUUAAUAAUUUUAUUAGACAUGUAGAAAAACCAUAUGAAGACAGUUAAUUAAAAUAAUAAGUGUUGCAACUGAUUAUACAAAUAACCUCCUAUAAAAUGAGUCAUCCACCAUCAUCAUUAAUGCAACAUUUUGGAUACCUCCUAGUACAGCCUGCCUUUCUGCACAUCUUCAGAAACACUUUUCUUUCCCUGGUGUAUCCUACUGCUGACCCUCUCCAUUCCAGAACCUAAUUCAUAGUACUUCAUGCUCUUGAUGAUGAACAUCUUCUUUAAAAGUUGUGCCAUUUCUCUAAUAUUUGGUCAAGGACUGAAUGAACCCAAUUACAAGGAUGUGCUAUGCCUGGACUGCAAAAGAGCAUGUGCAGAGAAACUUUUUCACACAACUGGCCCACAUUAAUCCAGCUUUCCCCUGCAGUCUGGAGCCUUAAAAGGGUCCCUUUCUCUGCUUUUUCUUUCGCGCUAUUUCCCUUGAGUUUAGUGGGUGUUCCAUAGCCAAAGGCAUUGCCAAGGGGACUCUUGGUACAGUGUCUGUUCAAAGCUUUUGUCCCUUUGAGGAGGAUGAGCAGCAGCAGAGUUAUUCUUUCCUCUUCCCCCAUUUAGUCUAGCAUGAGGCAGGGAUGGAGGGAGGAACAUGCGUUGGAAAGAUGGCACGCACUAGGAUGUGCCCAGACCAGGACUUGCAUUUGCUUUUGCUCUGUGGAAUACCUGUAGCCUGAUUUUCCCAGGCAAGAGACUGAAGUGGUAAAGGUCUGCGGUCAAGGCAGUAGAAUGGAUCACACCACUUCAGGCUGCAGGAGAAGCAUUACAUGUUGGAAGAUUAUGUUAAAAGCUCCACCACCACAUGUAAGAAGAGGUGGUCGCUUUCUGCAUUUGAAUUUUGAAACCACCUGCAGCCUGCAAUGGCACAGUCCAUUUCUCUGCUGGGUAAACCAGCCGGCAGUUGAACCAGCCUCCGCGCCGUCCCCGCCCAGCGUUUAGAGUCGGGAUGCGGUUGCAGGGCUCCCCUAGUUGGCCAGGCCAACUCCCAGGGCAUUCCAGCAGCCUCCGGGGGGCGGGAUUUUGCUGCCUCUCUCCUUCCUGGUGGCGGGCAGCACGGCAAAUGGCCUGUCUUCUGAGGCUUCUUCAACUUUGCGAUUUGAAAGUCCCCGACGCAAGACAAAGAUCACUUCUGGCAGCGCUUUAGCUCGACCCAGCAUUUUAACCCCGCUGUCGCUUUGCUUGGCAGCCCAGCUAUGUCGGCAGUGGACCGCUUCGCGCCACUGUCUCUCCCCUUGCCUGUUAAAUCCGCGGCGUCUCUGCAGUCGGGAAGUCUGCGAGGUGGGAGAACGAAGGCGCAGCUGUUGCCCGACGCCGCGCAGGCCUGGCCCAAGGGAGCGCGACAACCCGGCUUCUGACCACACGUGGGCGGACCUCGCGCGCGCCAAGGGCCUCCCUGCCCCCGCCCCCUCCCGCGUGCCUCAGAAAGAAGCCUGCAGUUUGAUGAACGGCAGACGAACGUGUGCAUGAGACAGAGCAGGCUUUCAGCCAUGGAAAUGCUGUCAUCCGGAGCGGCAGGCGACGAACAUACCGGCGUGAAUCCCACCGAGCGUGCAGGCGUCCCACGCGGCCUCUGAGGCACUUGCUUGCUUGACAGACUCGAAGGGCAGCUAGUCCCUGGCGAAACCUUCCUCAGAAUAGACCGGGAUUUGCGCGCGCGCCCUGGGACCAAUCGCUUGUCUCCGGGCCGGGAUUCGCCGUAUUAAUAAAACGCCCGGGUCUUCUGCACCCCCCCCCCCCCGCGCCAGAAAGUGUCGGCGGCUACUAGUCCCCGCGCACUUGGGCGCAGGCAAGCGAGGUCCCCAGGUGUGCGCGCGCGCCUAGCUUCUGGGCAGGGCUCUCUUCCUCAGCGCCGAAACCAACGCCGCCAGGCCCAGCGCAGCUCGUCGGGCUCUUGUUGCAAUCCCGGCUGGAAGAGCUGCCUCGAGCGAGGCACGCGCGCCUGUGAAAAGAGGGCGGGCGGGCGCCUGCCUGCCGAAGGAGCUUCCUUCCCGCUCACUGGCCUGUCAUCAUUGGCCGCCGCCGCCCGCCCCCGCCUCAGCGCCGUCGACUUCUCUGCCUCUUGAUGCUGCCGGCGGGGAGGAGCCAGGCAGCCUCGAGCUCCAGCUGCUGGUAGCGCUCCGGGUGACGGCGACUGGCGUUGGAGACGGACCCAGCCAGCCAAGGACCGGCACGCCUCGGGCUCUUCCUCCUCGCCGGAGCAGUUGCGGCUCUCGCGCUCCAUUGUCUCCGCCUGCUGCCGACAGGUUCCCCCCGCGCGUUGCCUUCCUCUUGGCGCCAUUCCGGGCGGUUUUGCGGAGCGGCUUGCUCGCUGGCUUCGCGCUGCUGUUCGCUGAGCCCUCCGGGAGGAUGCUGCGGGCUUUGGCGGCUCCCCGUCGUCCCCUCGCCGCCUGGAGCCCCACUUGCUGCUGAGGCGAAGACGACCCGACGGGUGGCGGCCCAGGACGAUUUCUCUCCCACCCCGUUUUCCAAUCGCUAUUUAUAUUCCCAAAAGAGGAUUAUGGACUGAUCGCCCAUUUCUUCUUGCGCUAUGGAGCCGCGGGUCUGCUUAAGCGCCUUGUGCUUGCUCGGCAGUCUGGCUUCAGUUCUAGGCUUUGGCGUGGACCCUUCGGUGCAGAUCGACGUGCUGACCGAGUUACAGCUGGGAGAUUCUGUGGCUGGAGUGUUGCAAGUGCAAGGACUGCACAACGGGAGCAAAGCGUUCAUCUUCCAAGGUACUUCAAGAAGUAUAAAAGCAUCUCCUGAGAAAGCUGAACUUUUUUCCCAGAAGCUAAGGAAUAAACAUGAAUUCACAGUUUUGGUAACACUCAAACAAGCUCGUUUAAAUUCAGGAGUUAUUUUUUCAUUUCACCACUUCGAUCAUAGGUACUUGGAACUAGAAAGCAGUGGUCAUAGAAAUGAAAUCAGAUUGCACUAUCGGUCAGGAAGCCAUCGGUCACGCACAGAAGUGUUUCCUUACAUUUUGGCAGAUGACAAGUGGCACCGGCUGUCUUUAGCAAUCAGUGCAUCACACUUGAUUUUGCAUGUGGACUGCAAUAAGAUUUAUGAGAGGGUGGUGGAAAAACCCUAUAUGGACUUACCAGUUGGCACAGCAUUUUGGCUAGGACAAAGGAACAGUGCUCAUGGUUACUUUAAGGGCAUAAUGCAAGAUGUGCAAUUACUUGUCAUGCCUCAAGGAUUUAUUUCUCAGUGCCCAGAUCUUAAUCGCACAUGCCCAACCUGUAAUGAUUUCCAUGGACUUGUGCAGAAAAUAAUGGAGCUGCAGGAUAUUUUAGCCAAAACCUCUGCCAAGCUGUCACGAGCUGAGCAGAGGAUGAAUAGAUUGGAUCAGUGCUAUUGUGAAAGAACCUGCACUAUGAAAGGCAUAACCUACAGAGAAUUUGAAUCUUGGACAGAUGGCUGUAAGAACUGCACUUGCAUGAAUGGUUCUAUCCAGUGUGAAGCACUGAUUUGUCCAGUUACUGAUUGCCCACCUAAUUCUGCUCCUACAUAUGUUGAUGGCAAGUGUUGUAAGGAAUGCCAAGCCACGUGUACGUUUGAAGGCAAAACCUACUUUGAAGGUGAAAAAGACAUUGUACAUUCAAACUCAGGGGGCUGUAUUCUGUUUGAAUGCAAGGACCACAAAAUGCAACGUGUAGUGAAGUCAGAUUGUCCUAUCUUGAACUGUCUUGAAUCUCAGCAAAUGUCCUUGUCUAAUAGUUGCUGCAAAGUUUGUAAAGGCCACAACUUUUGCUCUGAAGGACAGAAGUGCUUGGAGAAUUCAUUCUGCAGAAACCUCAAUGAUAGGGCUGUCUGUAGCUGUCGAGAUGGUUUCCGAGCCCUUCGAGAGGACAAUGCAUAUUGUGAAGAUAUUGAUGAAUGUGCUGAAGGAAGGCAUUACUGUCGGGAGAAUACCGUGUGUGUAAAUACACCAGGAUCGUUCAUGUGCAUCUGCAAAACAGGUUACAUCAGGAUUGAUGACUACUCAUGUACAGAGCAUGAUGAAUGCCUCACAAACCAGCACAACUGUGAUGAAAAUGCACUGUGUUUCAACACUGUGGGAGGGCAUAACUGUGUCUGCAAGCCAGGUUAUACUGGAAAUGGCACUGUGUGCAAAGCAUUCUGCAAAGAUGGUUGUAGAAAUGGGGGAGCCUGUAUUGCUUCAAAUGUCUGCGCCUGUCCACAGGGGUUCACUGGCCCAAGCUGUGAAACUGAUAUUGAUGAGUGUUCAGAUGGCUUUAUUCAGUGUGACAGCCGUGCCACCUGCAUUAACUUGCCUGGCUGGUACCACUGUGAGUGCAGGGAUGGCUACCAUGACAAUGGCAUGUUUUCACCUAGUGGAGAAUCAUGUGAAGACAUUGAUGAAUGUUCAACUGGGAGACACAGCUGUGCCAAUGACACAAUUUGCUUUAACUUGGAUGGUGGUUAUGACUGCCGGUGUCCCCAUGGGAAGAACUGCACAGGAGACUGCAUCCAUGAAGGCAAAAUCAAACACAACGGACAGAUAUGGGUUUUAGAGAAUGACCGGUGCUCUGUCUGUUCUUGCCAGAGUGGCUAUGUAAUGUGUCGGCGGAUGGUCUGUGAUUGUGAGAAUCCCACAGUUGAUCUGUUCUGCUGUCCUGAAUGUGAUCCAAGGCUCAGUAGUCAAUGUCUGCAUCAAAAUGGGGAGAUUUUAUACAAUAGUGGAGAUACUUGGGUUCAAAAUUGUCAACAGUGUCGAUGUUUGCAAGGUGAAGUCGACUGUUGGCCCUUGCCUUGUCCAGAGACGGAGUGUGAAUUCAGUAUACUCCCUGAGAAUGAAUGUUGUCCCCAUUGUGUCACUGAUCCCUGUCAAGCAGACACUUUUAGGAAUGAUAUCACCAAGACUUGUCUGGAUGAAACUAAUGUGGUCCGCUUCACUGGAUCAUCUUGGAUUAAACACGGCACAGAAUGCACCCUCUGCCAGUGCAAGAAUGGGCAUAUUUGUUGUUCAGUGGAUCCACAGUGCCUGCAGGAACUGUGAAGCUAAUGACCACGCUUCACAGACAGUUUCUGGUUUAAGAAUUUUAACUUUGCAAAAAGACUCAUAGACCAAAAAUUGUAUGAAACCAAAACUGAACCAAGAUCAGUUUUUCCUCCCCAAUUAAAGUGCAAAAAAAAAAAAAGCUAUAAUGUGAAUGAGCUGUCAGUUUCCUCAGUCUGAGUGAAACAUGUAAGGCUGAGUGGGAACAAAUUCAAAUAUAUAAACUGUUUGGAUGUGAGGUUCAGCUUGUGGUUCAUUUUGAAUUUGACACCAUUAUGUAAGAUAGCAGACUUGAGAAAAUUGACAUGUUGAGCAUAAAGAUGUCAAAAUCCUCAAGUGAACAGACAGUUUCCUGGAGCUUUGAGAAUGUAUCUCAUCCAUGACCACAGAGGGGGGUUUUAAGACCUAACCUACACUUUGAUUGCUCACUGCAAAUUUGCCAGAAAUCUGAAAACAAAGGAAAAUAAUGUAGGAAAUGCAGAACGUUGCAGCAACAUAUGUACAGCUCUGAGAAAAUGAUUCAAGUUAUUGUAAAAAAAAAAAAUAAUGCACAGGCAUGACUACUUAAUGUUUUCUGGGUGGGAAAAGUCAUCUAUAUUUCCUCGUUUGACUGCACUUAUUUCUUGAUUGAAUUUGUUCGGUAUAAGCUCGUUCUCGUGCAAAAAUUAAAUAAAUAUUUCUCUUACCUUA